GUGAUAAUAACAAUUUACUCGUACUUUCCCAAACGACAAAUAGCCAGCACAGUUUGUCAUCCAUACAUCCAAUCACACGAUUUAAUGGAAACUUAAAAUCAGUGCGAAUAAAAUGCAUGAAACAGUUAAAUCGAGAUCAACAACACCUCAUUGCGAAUAUGGAAAAACGGCUGUUACGGAAACGCUUCAACUACUACAGAAAUGGAAUUUAUUGGAAUUACAAAAUAAAUUUAAAGAACACGAAGUCACAUUACGUUCCCUAAUCUAUCUCACCGAUGAAGAAAUUUCUGAACUCAUACCAAAAAUUGGCAUACGAACCAUAUUUCGGGCCAUGUUAAAAGAAUGGAGACAAACGUACGAUGCUAUAGCAUAUCCCAGAGCAUCCACAGCAUCAAUAGGGGAUGUGGAUAGUGAUUCAUAUUUAGAUCAAAUAGAGUUAAAAACAGAAUGUAAUUCCGAAGAUUUUGAUAUGCAAAAUUUUUCAACAGAAGAAAAUGAUUUUCAACUAGAGACCAUGAAAGAAUCACAGGAAAAUGAACAAAAAUUAGAUAACAACAACAAUGAAACGCUAGUUCCACCAGAUCCUGUAACGGCCAGAAAACUAAGAAAUCAAUUCAGCUAUAAAGGAGAGCCAUUUAAUGUUUUCGAUAUACUUAACAGCUGUUCAGAUGGUCAAACUGUUAUGGAAUUUUAUAAAAUUCAUAAUUUUUUAGAUAUUAAAAAUCGUAAACGUGUUGUCAAUCUAUUAAUACGUAAUGUGGUGGAGCGUAAAGUUGAAAAAUAUACAGCAAUAUUUCACGAUAUGACGCGACAACUGUUAGAAUUAUUUCCAUCCGAAAAAUAUGAAACCUAUUUUGUGCCGCAUAAUGGACCCAACUCAGCACGUGGUGCUUUAUACUAUAGAUACUCAAAUUACACCCGACAAUUGCGUAAAGAAGGCUUAUUGGCCUAUAAAAAGCAUAAACCAAAAGUUUAUACAAAAUAAACAUAUUAAAGAAAUAAUUAA